AAUUCUUCCCUUUUCUUGUUUCUCUCUCUCUCUCUCAUUCUCUUCCAUCUCUUCCUCUCCUUCAUAUUCUCCGUCUUCUGCUAAUUUAAGGAAACAAAAAUGGUGGAUCUUGAAAGAAGAGUGUGUUGCAUGUGUGGUGAUGUGGGUUUCUUCGACAAGCUCUUUCAUUGCAGCAAGUGCCUUAAUCGCUUUCAACACUCGUACUGUAGUAGCUAUUACAAAGAGCAAGCUGAUCCAAUCAAGAUCUGCGAUUGGUGUCAGUGUGAAGCAAAGAGUCGAACCGGAGCAAAACACGGUGCUAAUGGUGGAUCGUCUAAGAGAUCGUACCGGUCGGAAUAUUCUUCAGCUCAUCACCAAAUCAAACAGCAAGAGAUUCACCAAACCACUAGUAGUAGUAUUCCUCCAGCAGCCGACAAGGGUAAAUCCGGCGUGCCUUCUCCUAGACCGGCCACUCGCAGGUACAAGCUUCUCAAGGAUGUUAUGUGUUAGUAAUGUUUUCGAAAUAACCAAAAGUUAAGAGAGACAUAGCGAGUUUAUUAGGAUCUGGGAUGAUAAUAAGACACAUGUAUGUAAGAUAUAUAUAACUAGCUAGGGCUAUGGUAGAUGUUGUUAUGGUUCGAGAAGCAAUGUAAUUUACCGGCGGAGUUAUUUCAUGGAUAUGCUGUUAGUGAUCUUUUUUUUGUAGUGCUAGUGUUUGAAAUAAAUUAAGUAUAUUUAU